UUUGCUAUCAUGUUUUAGUUUCGAUUCUCUAUUUUCUGAGAGGAGAAUAAAAACAGGAAAACUGAAUAGAAUAGAAGGAGGUGCAGUUAGACACAGCAGAGUAGGAAACGAGAGAAAAAGGUUUAUAGGACAGAAUUGAAAGUGAUGCAGACCAGUAAAGAUAUGAUUGAGAAAGAAGAACUAGAAGAGGGAGAAAUUGCAGAACAGAAAGAGAUAGAUAAAAGGAGACAUAAAAGACAUGAUAGGAAGAGAGAGAGAAUUAAUGAAAGAGAUAAAUCCAGAACAGAAUCAAAGAGAACAAAGAGAGAGAGUGAGAGAAAUUCAGAUAGAACAAGGAAAAAUGGGGAAAGAGGUAGGAAAGAGAUGAAAGGGUCAGAAAUGAAAGACUUGUCUAAGCUCACUGGGCGGAUGAGACAAUUGCUGUGCUCUAACGGAGGUAGCAUGGAGCUGGAGAGGCUGGGGAGCUCCCUGGAGCUAAGUACCAAUCAAAUGGGGCAAUUGCUAGGGGCAGAAAUGGGCCGCAGCCUGAUGAUUGGGGUCUUUAAUGGGGAGAAGGUGGCUGUGUCCCGCAGUGCAGUGCGAGUUUGCUCAGGACGGACCAAACAGUGCAAGGGAGAUUGUGAGAAACUGCAUCUGUGUCGUUAUUACAUUCUCGGGAGCUGUAACAGGAAUCCAUGUGCUUUUAAUCAUGACAUUCAUUCUGGGCCAAACCUGGCGGUACUAAAGAUGUAUGAUCUAGAUGAUCUGAAUAUGGUGGAGCUGCGACAGCUGCUGCUACAGAAUGAUCCCAGCUUCCUGCCGGAGGUCUGUGUACAUUAUAACAAAGGAAAUGGCAUCUUUGGGUUCUGCAAGCAUGGGUCGAAUUGCAAGAAACUACAUCUUUGUCAGUAUUUCCUGGAUGGGGACUGCAAGUAUCAGCAAAAAUGCAAGAGGUCACAUGACUGUUGUGAAGAACAUAAUGAAGAAAAACUAAAGAAUUGGGGAGUGAGUGAAGAAUGGAUGCCCAAAUUCCUAGGAAUCUUCAGAAAUGUCAGUGUGCUGAGGGACAGCAGAAGCUCACUCCCCAAGAAAAAAGCAAGUUCCGCAAUAAAGGAGAUUCCAUUGUCUAGUGGAUCAGAUGAAAAGAGCCAGCCUGACAAAGCUGAUGAGAUAUGUCUUUAUUACAUAAGGAAAAGCUGUAGCUUUAAAGACAAGUGUGGUAAAAAUCACUGUCAUUUACCGUACAGAUGGCAGGUGCAAAAAAAUAACCACUGGGAAGAUAUGGAGAACAUUGAAUCUAUAGAAGAAGCAUUCUGCAAUGUCAACAAAACAAAUUUGAUGUAUGACCUGAACUUUGACUCAAUGACAUACAAAUCAUUCAAGAUCAGGCGCCUUUCUACUCCUUCCUCUGCAGCCAAACCUCCUCACUACACGUUUACCACAGAAUGGCUAUGGUACUGGAAGGAUCAAUACAACACAUGGAAUGAAUAUGGCAAAGAGGGCAGCGUUCACAAAGCUGCUGAUGUGUGCAGCACUGACCUGGAGAAGGCUUAUCUGUCAGACACAAGCGCAACAUUACAGUUCAAGGCUGGGACUGAGAACUAUGAACUUAGGUUUAAAGACAUGGUACAGAAGAAUUUGAAGCACAAGACAGAGAGGAAGGUCUGCAGGAGACCCAGAUUUGUGUCUGAGAAAGAAGUAAAACAGAGGAGGUCCAGGAAGCCUGAAUCAUCAGAGGAAGACAGGAAGUUAAUCCCCAAACACUGGGACAUGGCUCUGAUACCAGAUGUUGGCUAUAAGCUUGUCACCUUGGAUCAGUCCUCAGAUGAAUACAAGAAGGUAAAGGAUUCCUUCCACCUCACCUUGCGGAACGUAUCUAUCCAGAGUAUUGAGCGUAUUCAGAAUCCGGCCCUGUGGGAGGUUUACCAGUGGCAGAAAGAGCAGAUGAAGAAGCAGAGAGGGGGAACAGAAGUAGAAGAAAGGCAGCUCUUUCAUGGAACAGAGGAUAAAUGGGCUGAAGCCAUCUGUCAACAGAACUUUGACUGGCGCAUUUGUGGAACACACGGUACUUCAUAUGGUAAAGGCAGCUACUUUGCAAAAGAUGCAUCCUAUUCUCACUCCUACACCUUAACCACAUUUUCCAAGAGUCGAGUCAUGUUUAUGGCACGUGUCCUAGUGGGAGAUUUUACAACCGGCUCUUACUCGUAUCUUCGUCCACCGGCCAAGAACCAGCUGACAUCAUCCUGCUUCUAUGACAGCUGUGUGGACUCCAUCACCAACCCUUCGAUAUUUGUCAUAUUUGAGAAGCAUCAAAUUUACCCAGAGUACUUAAUUAAGUACUUAUAGAGGUUUCUACCACCAGAGAAAUAUUAUAUAUACUGUACAGAUCCCUAACUUUACUACUGAGCUACUGUUUAUGAAUAAAUUAGGAGAAGUAUAACCUUUGAUGUAAUAUUAGAAGAAAAUUAUACAUAUGUUUUCAAGCUAUGGAUAAUUAAUCAAACCAGCUUGGUCCAGGAUGUAUACAAUUUAUAUAGUAAAAGGUGAGCUAACAUUUUAAGGGACAUUAAACUCAAAAUUAAGCGGCUUAAAAUGUUUAAGUAUAGUUAAUGAUUGGGUCUAUGCAGGGCCGCAUUUACAUUUGACCUAUGGUGAACCAAAUACCCAUCAAAUCCAAUGAACAGCUUUUUGAGACUGGUAUUUGUGCAUGGUUUUGUAUUGAGACUCCUCAAUAUUCAAGUUUCAUCAGAAAAAUAUUUUCACCUCGGCUUUCUCUUGAUUUUUGUAUUUAUCUCAUUUUCACACUUACCCUCUUGGUAGCCUGCGUUGACUUGUUUCACACAGCAGAUCUUGGCCUUUUAUACCGUUUUUUUUUAAAUGUUUAUGCAUUUGCAUAUUCUCAGAUCACAUUUUAAUAAACAUGAUCACAUUCUAGUAUAAUAUAUAGUACAAAUAUUGCUUAAAUCCUCAUUUUAAAUGAUGAAACAAGGACACAAAUAUAAUCAGAAUAUCUAUUUUUUUUUCAUGAUGGCAAUUAGGUGUUUCUCCAAUUAACUAAAAAAAGUUCUCAAAAUUAUGUAAAAUUAUUAAUUACACAGAUCUAGGGUUGCCACCUUGGCAAUGUUAUCUAUGAUAGUCUGGACAGUUAUGAGUUACACAUGCUGAAGGGUGGAACAUGCACUGUGCCUCUGGAUAGCACAUAAAUAAUGCUGCAAGACAGCACUAGUCAUGUAUAUCUCAUAACUGUGCAGGUUAAUAUGGCCGAGACGGCAACCCUACACAAAUUAUAAAUUUAUAUUAGUUGAGUAAGAAGCUGUGCAUUCAGACUCAUUUGGAAGCCAUCAUCCAUACUAAAUCAAUAAGUUGUGUUAUGUUCCUUUCCCAUUGGCUGUGUAUUUCUUGUUUACAAGUAGGUCUUCUAAACCCUGAAAGAGCCUAAGAAGAAUCCGUUUCUUAUAGCGCUCCUUGUGAUUACCCAAUUGGAAUACUGGAUGUAAGAAAACCAAAAAAAAAAAGCCAGUGGAACUACUGGAGUAGUGGGAAAACAAAAUAGCAGAAAACAUUAGUGGACUGUGUAGUUCUACUAAAAAAGAGGGAGGUUAAUGCUGAGAAGACUUCCUGGAGUCGGAGAAGCAAUGCUGUGACUAUAGUAAAACAUUCUGCUGCAGACAAUCUACGCACAAUAACAACAAGGUUGAAAAACAUAAAGGGCAGCAAUGUGUAUAUUUCUGAUUUCUGAGGUUAAAAAAAAAAAAAAAGUUAAAGAAUCUGUUAUGACAUUUCAUUGAAAAAGCAAGAGAAACACAGUCAGUUAAAUUUUUUAUGGAUAUGUAAAUCUUCCCUGGAUCAUGUUAUUGCCAAAUUAUGCAUUUUGGAAGGCACUUUUAUUCAUUCAAAGCAAGAAAGUGCCUGGAAAAAUGUAAAGGUGAUGAUUGAAUUAUUAUUAUUAUUAUAAUCAUCAUAAUAAAAACAAUAAUAAUGUCAUACAAUUUUAAAAAGCCAACAUUCUCAACAAUGUGAUAUAGGCUGUAGAACAGUUACACAAAGCUUAUGAUAUUAGAGAAUAAAAACAGAAUUAUGCAAACAGUAAGCUCUGAGCACAAGAGCUGACACUCUCUUGUACACGACCAGGUCUACAAAAUGUUUUAACAGUAUGGAUGUAUUUUUUUAAAAAGCCCUAUCCAUGAGCAAGGAAAUGAUUGGCACCAACGUUUGGAAGGCACCUAAUCAUGUUAAUAAAAUGUUUUCCAAAGGGAA